AUGGCUUUUUUUGGCGAAAAGAAGAAAGGAGACGAUUUUGUCCCACCGGCCACUGAACAAGUCGUUGCCACUGAUGAAGACUACGAAUACCAAAGCGAGUUUCAAGAUGUGGAUCGAACACACGCUGGCUCUUCAUGGACCGCUUACUACAACAUUGUGUGUGUGGUUGCUGGUACCGGUACCUUAGGUUUACCCUACUCCUUGCGUCAAGGUGGCUGGAUUGGUAUUUUGAUUUUGUUCCUGGCUUGGUUCAUGUCCACUUACACCGGUGUCAUUCUUGUACGAUGUCUUUAUGCAAAGGGCAAUAAGCGGUUAUCAAGCUACAAGGACAUUGCUACUGCAUCAUUUGGACCUAUUGGCGGCUGGGUCGUCUUCUUUUUCAACGCAUGGAUUCUUGUUGGUGCACCCGUUUUAUAUAUGGUGCUUGCUGGUGGCAAUUUACAACAUCUUUGUGCUGAUACAGCAGGUGCUAUUGGUGAUGUACCAUGGACAAUCAUUUGCUGUGCCGUUGUUGCCAUCCCAUUUGUGUUUAUCAAGAGCAUGAAGGAAAUGGCAUGGAUGAGUGCCUUUGGUGCAGGCUCAACGUUGGCUGUGGUGCUCAUUGUGUUCAUUGUGGCAUGCAUUGACAAAAAGAGCCUUCCUCCUGUACACCAUGACAACGUCAUUUGGGAUCAAUUUCCUAUCGCCUUGGCAACGAUCUCUGUUAGUUUCGGUGGCAACGCAGUGUAUCCCCACGUCGAACAAUCAAUGACACGCCCUAAGGAUUGGCCCAAAGUUGUAUCUGCAGGCUUGGCUACAUGUGCUUUUAUGUACUUUUUGACGGCUGUACCAUGUUAUUUCAUUUACGGCAACCUCGCUGUCAACCCUAUCUACAACAGCAUUCCCGAUGGUGUCCCUCAAAUCAUUGCCAUCGUGUUGAUGACUCUUCACGUGCUUUUGGCAGCUCCCAUUUUGCUCACUUCCUUUGCACUCGAUGUCGAAUCCAUGGCUAACAUCACCGUUGAACGUUGGGGUCGUGUUCUCGAAUUUAUUUUCCGUGCUUCUUUCCGCAUUCUUCUCAUUUGCAUUGUUGGUGUCAUUGCAUGCACGGUGCCCCAUUUCGAUUUGCUCAUGAGCUUGAUUGGCUCCUUCUCCAACUGUGGUCUUAUCUUCACCUUCCCUGUGGUCUUUUAUUUGCGUCUCACAGGUAUUCGCAACAAGCCCAUUUACGAGCUCGCUUGGUGUGCUCUCACUGUUCUUCUUGGUAUUGUGGGUCUCAUCUUUGGUACCAUCGAUUCCAUCAAGGGCUUGAUCAAUGCUUAUUAA